AGUGAGAUUUGUUUGCUCCCCUGCACACUAUUUUUUUUUCUUUACAGCAUGGCUUCUCUGUGUUACUCUGGAGGCUCCUCCUGGAUUGCAGCUCUCACCCUGAUGGUACUGAGGCCUUCCCUCCCUUGGGCCAGGGACAUACCAUUACAUUUCAUGACACAGGGUAAAUGUGAAUGCCGUUUCUCCAACGGGACAGAGCAGGUGCGCUACCUGGCUUCCUAUAUUUAUAACCAAGACCUGUUAGUGGUCUUUGACAGUGAAGUAGGGGAGUUUACGGCAGUGACGGAACAGGGAAGAUCAGAUGCAGAGUACUGGAAUCAGCAGAAGGACUUCAUCCAGCAGCUACGGACUGCGGUGGACAGAUUCUGUAGACACAACUACAGGAUUAUUGAGAGCUUCCUGGUGCAACGGAGAGUUGUGCCCAAGGUAACUGUGUUUCCUGCGAAGAUCCAGCCCUUUGGGCACAGCCUUCUGGUCUGUUCUGUGAAUGGGUUUUAUCCAGGUCAAAUUGAAGUCAGGUGGUUUCGGAAUGGCCAAGAACAGGAGGAUGGAGUGAUCUCCACAGGACUCAUUCCAAAUGGAGACUUGACCUUUCAAAUCAUGGUGAUGCUUGAAACAGUUACACAGAGUGAAGAUGUCUAUACCUGCCACAUGGAUCACCCAAGCCUGAAGAGCCCCAUAAAGGUGGAUUGGAGGACACAGUCUGAAUUUGCACAGAACAAGAUGUGGUGUGGAAUUUGGGGUUUUGUUCUGGGUGUACUUUUUCUUGGAGUUGGACUAUUUAUUUCCUUCAGAUAUCAGAAAGACUUCUUCACAGUUAACCAAGCCACUCCUUGUGCUAACUUCAACCUCAAGGCAGCCAUGUCAGAAAUUUUUUGA